UCCUAGAAAAUCAUCAGGAUGCCUGAACCCGCCAAGUCUGCGCCCAAGAAGGGCUCCAAGAAAGCCGUGACCAAGACGGCUGGCAAAGGAGGCAAGAAGAAGAGAAAGACCAGGAAGGAGAGCUAUGCCAUCUACGUGUACAAGGUGCUGAAGCAGGUCCACCCCGACACCGGCAUCUCGUCCAAGGCCAUGAGCAUCAUGAACUCGUUUGUCAACGACAUCUUUGAGCGCAUUGCCUCCGAGGCUUCUCGUCUGGCUCACUACAACAAACGCUCCACCAUCACCUCCAGGGAGAUCCAGACCGCCGUGCGGCUCCUGCUGCCCGGUGAGCUGGCCAAGCACGCCGUGUCUGAGGGCACCAAGGCUGUCACCAAGUACACCAGCUCCAAGUAAACAGUGCUGCUGUUUACCACCAACUCAACAAAGGCCCUUUUAAGGGCCACACAAAAACUCUUUUUAAGUGCAGAAGACCUGCUCUGAUUAAGCUUAUUUUAGUUGAUGAUUGAAUACAGCUGAUCAAAGGUUGUCCUGGUUGAUGGUUCAAGUCAGAAAUGCAGAUGUACCACCCGUUAAAAAUGCAUGAUCAGAUCAAAAAUGUACAUUUAUUAAAUUGCAAAUGAUAUUAAGGUAAAACAUUACUAGUUUAAAAAAACCUAGUUCAAAUGAGUAGGAAAUGGCUUUACAGGUCUGAAAUGUAAAUGGGAAGGGACAAACUGAUGCAUGGCUAAAAAAGCCUUUAUGAACUGGAAAACACGUUGACACAAUUAUCAAACACUAAACCAACAGAAAUCUACAAACUAUUCAUCUGCUGUCUUAUCAACCAGCUCCCUAAUGUAGAGUAUUUCUGCUGAAAUAAACACUGAUCAAUGUAUCUCAA